AUGACUGUCCCACCUCCCAAAGAUCUUUCAGAAACCGCCCCAAGUUCCACGCUUUCAAACGUUGAACUCUCCGUAGACGGAGCCAUUAAGACCGCAAGAAUUAUCAACCCAAUCAAAGAUGAGAGAUCUUUGAAACCCUCAGUCGCUGAUUUGACUGUUUCUGAGCCAGUUACUGCCGAUAAGAUUUCUGAGAAGCUCGAGAUAUACGGUGGAGCUAUCGUGAAGAACUUUUUGUCUCAUGAGAUCACUGACAAAAUCUGGAGUGAUAUCUCACCCCAUUUCAAGAAAAGAACUUGGAAUGGUGAUUUCUUCCCGCAACAAACGACCAGAGUCACCUCUAUUGUGACAAAGUCCAAAACUGUGUGUGAGGAAUACAUGUGCCAUCCAUUGUACAUGGAAGUUGCGGCUCGUUUUGUUGGCAAGAAGAACACAUUUAUAAUUGGACAGGACCUUACCACUGCAUACUCCGAGCCACAGCACAAUUCCUCUACUACUUUGAGCAUUGGUCCAGGUGCGACAAAUCAGCCCUUUCACCGUGAUGAUAUCAUCCACCACAAUAUCCGCAAAUACCGUGAGAAGUAUGAGUACGGCUAUGAAACCGCUAUUGCUUGCUGCCUAGCUCACAACAAAACCACCAAAGCCAAUGGGGCCACCCGUUUCAUUCCGGGAUCUCAUCUUUGGGACCACCAGCGUAUUCCCCAAGAAGACGAGGUUGUCUACGCUGAGAUGGAGAAGGGUGAUGCUUUUUUUAUGCUGGCUUCUUGUUUCCAUGGAGGCAGCGCUAACACCACGAAGGACGAAUACCGUAACCAGAGUUUCCUCUUCAUGACUCAAGGUCAUUUGAGGCCGGAGGAGAACAUCUUCAUUGAAACUCCUAUGGAGUACUUUGAGACACUGUCAGUCCAGGCACUGAAAUCCAUUGGACUUGCCGCUAGUCAACCUUACUGUGGAUGGUUCAGGGAUUUGGAAGAUCCUCUCCAUGUAGUGAAGCCAGAAACUCUUACCGGUGAUGAUCAGUUUGAAAACACAUUCAAAAUAGUCGAAUGA